AUGUCCUCUCAAUACGCCAGUGAGCCGAAUCCUACCGCGUCAGCCACUCUGAAUACCACUGUCGGGCCCAUACACAUCGCUCUGUUCGCGAAUCAGGCCCCUCUCACUUGCAAGAACUUUCUUCAGCACUGCAAAGAUAACUACUAUGCCGGCACAAUAUUCCACCGCAUAGCACCAGGGUUCGUGAUCCAGGGUGGUGACCCAACAGGCACUGGGUCGGGUGGUACGUCGAUCUACGAAUAUCCGGAAUUCGAGUACGACCCUGAAGCCCGCGAUCCGAAUGAGAGGGUUAUGCUACGAGAUGAGCUACACAGUCGCCUACGCUUUAAUCGCCGAGGCUUAUUGGGCAUGGCUAAGAGUGAGGAUGGUACAUACGGAAGUCAAUUCUUCAUUACGCUUGCCAACACCGAGCGCGAGUUGAACGGACAAUGCACGCUUUUUGGACGACUGGAGGGAGACAGUAUCUACAACGUGUUGAAGAUCGCAGACGCAGAGCGUGUCGAAGGGACCGAACGGCCUGUAUACCCGGUCAAGGUGACCUCUUGCGAGGUUGGAGAAUUGGGACCACUGGCUGGGAAAUUAAAGGACAGGGUAACCACCGCAUCCGCGUCAAUGGGCGAUAAGCAAGCGCCAAAGAAAAAGAAGAAGGCCGGCAAGGCCGGCAAAGUCCUUCUGAGCUUCGGAGGCGAUGACGGUGACGAGGAAAUGCCCAUGCGGCCGGCGAAGCCCAAGUUCAAUACCAAACUUGUUGCGGAUGCGCCUGGCGCUGCCAGCAGCAAUGGAAAAGCCCCCGAGGCCGAAGAGCCAGAAUCUACUCAACCGCGCAAACGACCCAGGUCUCUAUCUCCAAAGCGCUCACCAGAACCUGAGCGCAAGCGUGUCAAAACCCCGGAUCCGCAGGCCCAGUUGCCGUUGAAAGACCCUGAAUCACCGAGUCGAUCACCGACUCCAGAAGAAAAGCCCGCAAAACAGUCCAAACUUUCGCGGACGAACGCCGAAAUCGAGAACCUCAAGGCUUCCAUGCGUCGAAAUGUGGAAACCGGUCCCGCUGAUACCGGCCGCAAGAAGUCCGCACUCGAAUCUAUGAUUCCAGAAACCGCUAUUCGUGGCCGUAGGCGACCACCACCAGGCUCUGUGAAUGGGUCAGCAUCCAGUGCAGGCCCUAGAAACGCAGCGGAGACCGAGGCGUUGCGUAUGUUCAAUGCCUUCAGGGCCAAGCUAGAAGGAAGUGACACCAAGCCAUCCACUUCGCACAAAGAGCGGUACGCAGAAAAAGAGAAUGGUCAAAAUCCGAACCAAGAUGCAGACGAGGAGGAAGCUCAACUCUGUGACCUUCACUUUAUUGCCAAUUGCCAGUCCUGUCAAUCCUGGGAUGAUCCUGAUGCUGCAGAGGCACACGAUUCCGGACGAGAAGAUGCAAAUUGGCUAAGUCAUGAACUGCGCUUCGGCAAGGAUACCUUGGGCAAGGAUCUCAAAUGGAAGAAGGAGCACCAAGACGCAGAUUCACUGAUGGUCAUCGAUCCGCGCGAAAAGGAGAAGGCGUUAGGUGGUGGACGCAAGCGAGGUUUCCAAAGAGACCGUGAACGCGAGCGUAAACGUGAGCGAGCAGGAGAUUUGGAAUGGGAUCGAGAGAAGCGUUGA